UUAGGUGGGUGAUUCCGUGUAUAUUGUGUGUGAGAACUAAAGUCGACCAUCACGUCUUCGUCCAUCUUCAAUAUAUUAAAGACACACACACAACCAGGCCUGCACACAACACGACAAAAGACAACUUUUUGCAACUGGUUUAGGGCUGUCUCCGUCUGUGUGUAACCCGUGGAACUGGAUAUUGUUUUAGUCAAAAUUCUCCGAAAUGGAAAAACAAGGGAUCCAUCCAUCCCCGUUUAGACGGUGCUAACGUCACGCGUGACGAAUUUAUAGACAGGCAAAGAAAUUGGUUAUAUUUUUACCCCCCACGUGCUAGUGAAUGGGCCGACGACUUUCACGUUCUUCUUUUGGAGUUUUGAUCGUCUUUGUUGGCUUUUUCAAUUUACAUUGCUUUUUUCUCUGUCUUAAAUUAGAUUUUGAUUAAGUAUAUUCCAAACUCACCUAACUAAGUUAGGGCUAAUUUUCUGUUAUAAUUAAAUACUGUUUUAUGAUUUCAGUACAGUUUUCUAUUACUUUUACAAAAACUUUAUUGAUUAAUUUAACAAAACAAUAAAUAUUGUAAAGUUUAAUAACCAAAUCAGGAUAAAACUGAUUUUUUUUUAAAAAUUUGUAUGUUCUACUUAAAAAUAUAUAAUUUGAAACGGAAAAGUAUAUAAUAGAUGGUAUAAUUUUGGUAUUUACUUACAGAAAUUAUGAGAUAUAUAUAUUAUGACAGAAUAAGAAGUAAAAUUUUAAAUAAAUUUCAAAUUUACUAUUAUACACCCCCAGUUUUUAAAAAGUUACAACUUUGGAACCAAAUUUCCACCGCCAUGUCAAACCGAUACUACCACUAACACAGGUCAUACUUUGACCGGUUGAAUUAUUCUUCGGAAUAAAAAAAAACUAUUAUUAAAUUUAAAUUAUAUUGGUCAACCUAGAUUAUAAUAUUAUUUUAUUCAUUUUGACUUUCAAAUCUUCAACGUAUAAAUAGCACCAUAGAGAUUCAAACUCAAAACACAAAUACAAAAUGGAUUGCAGCGAAAGUCAAUCAAAGUACAAAGGAAUCCGUCGCAGGAAAUGGGGAAAAUGGGUAUCGGAGAUCCGAGUUCCGGGAACUCGAGACCGUCUCUGGCUAGGCUCAUUCUCCACCGCAGAAGGCGCCGCCGUAGCACACGACGUAGCUUUCUACUGUUUACACCAACCAAACUCACUCGAAUCUCUCAACUUUCCUCACCUCCUUCCUCCUUAUAUCGCUUCCAAUAAUACUUCGCCGAGGUCUAUCCAGCAAGCUGCUUCCAAUGCCGGAAUGGCAGUUGACGCUGGGAUUGUCAACAGUAACGGCGUGUCAGGGAACUCUGGGUGUGGCGAUACGACGGCGUAUUGUGGGAAUGGAGGUGGAGUAGUGGAGCCGUUGAAUAUUUCGGUGUAUGAUUAUCUGGACGGUCAUGAGCACGUUUGGUCUUCUUCUUUUUGAUUUAAAGCUACUAAAACAGAGUGUUUGGAGCCUAAGUAUGCAAACCAAAUGGUUGUGAAUAUAUACAUACAUGUGCAUUUAUGUUUCAA